AUGCCCAACGGAUGCUGUGGAUGCGGUGGUGGGAAUAACUACUCCGUGUGCUGCUACAGCACCAGGAAGUCAUGCUGCAAGACGCCAAUGUGCUGCGCGCCCACGCAGUGCUGCUACCCCACCACUUGCUGCAUCUUUGCCUACACUCCUACCGACAACAUGCCCAACGGAUGCUGUGGAUGCGGUGGUGGGAAUAACUACACCGUGUGCUGCUACAGCAGCCCAAAGGGGUACAGGACGCCGAUGUGCUGCGCGCCCACGCAGUGCUGCUACCCCACCGCUUGCUGCAUGCCCAUGCAGGCCUGCUGCUACACCAUAUCCAACAACAACAACAACGGCUGGGGCGGCGGCGGUACCGGCGGCUGCUGCGGCAACUAA